AUGGCCUACACAUACAUUGACCAAUCGCCCACUCUCGAGGAAUAUGACUCCGAGGAUAGUAUCUCACUUAGUGAUGAACAGCCAACGCAGCGUCAACUCAACGACCGCCGUCUUGCUCAAGCUAUCAACUACAUAGCUGAAGAAGGUGGCGAUGAUUCUCCUGGGACCUUUAUCAACCGCGUCGAUGCCAUUGACGAAGCUCUUCUCCAACGACUCUCUCAGCAAGGCCGCAAGUACGACCCUGCUCUCUACCGACGCGCGCAAGCUCUGGUCCAAGAAGUUCAACAUGAGUUUGAGGAGGCUGCUCAAGAGCCCUCCUCACCUUCCCUGAACAGUCUCGACUCUUCCAUGCUAGGGAGCGAAGACGAGUUUCCAGAAUAUCAUACGCCAUCAGCAGUCGACGCUCUAUACCGAGAAGGGGAGGAAAGCGAUGAAACCCCCAAGGAUGCCCGGCCUUCCGUGCCCGACAAGCAGAACAAAGUGGAACUCGAGAGGACAUUCAAGUACGGGGGCCCCGGUAACGAUCCAGAACUAUGGCUCAAGACUAUUCCAGCGGCUCUGCACUUCCCAGAGACCUUUCAGAUGGCACACUGGGAAAGUUUGAAAAUCGAUGCCGAUCUCCUUGAGUCAAACAAAAGGCUGAAAGCGCAGGGCAAUAUUGUGGAGACUAAUGUGCCCUAUGACCAUCCCCACCUUGAGCGAUAUAAGAGGCUUUCAAAAUAUGACUCUGGAUCGCGCUUCAAGCUCCCUGUAGCCCCAAUAGAAAUCCAAAUCAGCAUCAGCAAGCUAGGAACAUCACGGAAUGUUGCGAAAGUUGUUGAACAAUUCUCGAAGGGAACCAACGCGAAAGAACUAAUUAAGAAGGAUUAUGUGCCUCGAAUCUUCUUAGACGAGAUUGUAGUUGGAUCACAAGGACCAACUGAGAUUCGACGUGCUGUGAACACCACACCCACCAAGCCUCGCAAUCCUUCCGUUGGGAACAGUGUAUCAACCGACCCUAUCAAGACUACUCAGUCGAUUGGCAAGCCGACUGGAGCUAAGCUCCCGAAAACACCAGUCCCACUCAUCAAACACCGACAGAAGGAAGCUGACUAUGCGAACGAAGAGGCGCAAAAAGCGAAGGAAAGAAGGGAAGCCUUGUCGAAAAAAGCUCAAGAGGCAAGAGAAGCAGCCCGUCUCGCCAAACAGGAGGCGAUCAAAGCCGCUGAAAGAGCACAUGAAAUCCAGAAAGCAGUAGCAUUGAUGGGCACCCCCGUUGUUCGCAGAAUCGAUCGCACCCGCACAGAAGCCAUCGAAGCGAGUGGUCGUCGCCAAAGCGGCAUAAGCACCGGUCCUACGACACCGAAUAGUCCCAAAAAGCCACUUACGUCCGGAAAGGCCCCGACUACCAGUCCUCAGGCCACUGUGUCUCCAAAGCGCCCUCGCGGUCGCCCCCCCAAGAGCCCUGUGACAGCAUCUACCACAAAGCCAGCCGUUGUCCCUACUACCACACCAGUCAAGACCCCCGUGAAACCCAAACGCAAACUCAGCAUCGGCGCUAAACCGUACACGCCCGAGCCCAAGAAGCCGAAGGUCACAAACCCCGCAACCUCCUCGGUGCCAGGCUCUGGAAACAAAACCGUUCAUAUUGACUCAUACGAAUCAUCGGAAGAAGGAUAUGUCAUUAAGCCCAAGCCCAAGGUGAAGAAGCCGUCAAAGCCAGUGACAGAAACACCUAAGAGAAAGAAUAUUGGUGUCAAGACAGGCACUCGAGUUACCAAGUCUACGACCAAGGUUGGCAAGGUUGCUGCUGCGGGGCAGGCGGCGCAACAGGCAAAGACUAAGCGCGUGGUGGAGGAGUAUGUGGGUGAGAAGGAGUAUCAAAGCAUCAUGGAGGAGAAUAGGAAGAAGUUACAUGGAGAUGAUGUGCCGGAGGGGAGUACCAGGCGUGGGACGCCGUAUCUGAAGCGUUAG